AUGGGCAUAAAUUGGAAUAAGGACGCAAUCGAGCGCAUCAUCGGUGCGUUACUGGCAGCGCAUCCAGGAUUUACCCCGGAUUACAAAACAAUGGCAGUCCAUUUUGGCCAAGGUGCCACCUACGACUCCAUGCAAGGUCGUUUCCGCGAGUAUCGUAAAAUUGCACAGAGCAUGCGUCAGGACAACCAAGAACCAGCUAAUUCUCGAACUCCAAUCCGCCGCACUACUAGCGGUGGCCGCAUUAGCAAACCGAGCUCUGCAGCUAAAAGCGGCCGGAUGCAAACGCCCUUGACCCCGACUAAACUGGGCAAAGUGAAAACCGAGAACGGAUUUGCCAACCCUAUCCUGAUCAACGAAGGAUUGGAUUAUUUCGUCAAAAGCAAUAGCGACGCCAGUAUUCCUUAUGAAGAAAGCCCAGCAAAUAGCGCACCAUCCCCGAAGGCAAAAAUUCAGAACCAUUUCAUUGAGAUAGGCAAUUUGAAAAACGAGUACGAAUCCAACAAUAGCUUCUCAAGGGGAUGUGAGAAUGUGGCGGUCAAUAUAGGCCAAGAGCUAGCAGAGGCGGUGGGAUAUUCUAGUGGAGACGCGACAUAUGCUGAAUACGAUGAUACUGUCUAA